UUUGGGCCUCGGAGCCCAACUGAUUUCCCAAACCCUAGCCCAAACAGAACACACACGACAUUGCUAUAUACACUACUCAAAAACCCUACCUCGCCGCUCUGAUACAAUCUCCUUCACAUCCAGAGAGAGAUCAGCGAGAGAGAGGGAGAGAUCAAGAGAGAGAGACAAUGGUUAACGGAUCAGGAAUAUGCGCGAAGCAAGUGGUGGUGGACGCUCGACACCACAUGCUGGGACGAUUGGCCUCGAUAAUCGCGAAGGAGUUGCUCAACGGCCAGAAAGUGGUGGUGGUGAGGUGCGAGGAGAUCUGUUUGUCUGGCGGACUUGUUAGGCAGAAGAUGAAGUAUUUGAGGUUUUUGAGGAAGAGGAUGAACACGAAGCCGUCGCAUGGGCCUAUUCAUUUCCGCGCUCCUGCUAAAAUCCUUUGGCGCACUAUCCGUGGGAUGAUUCCACACAAGAUUAAGAGGGGAGCAAAUGCCCUGGCUAGGUUGAAGGUGUAUGAAGGAGUUCCUCCUCCAUAUGACAAGAUGAAGAGGAUGGUCAUUCCUGAUGCUCUCAAGGUUUUGAGGCUUCAGGCUGGCCACAAGUACUGUUUGCUCGGACAGCUAUCAGCUGAGGUUGGAUGGAACUACUAUGAUACCAUCAAGGAACUUGAGGCAAAGAGGAAGGAAAGGGCCCAGGUUGCGUAUGAGAAGAAGAAGCAGUUGAACAAGCUAAGGGUCAAGGCUGAGGCAGCCGCAGAUGAGAAGUUAGGUUCUCAGUUGGAUAUCAUUGCCGCUGUCAAGUACUAGAUUUGUCUCGGGAACAGUUAGUGGCGAAACGCUUUUGUUAAAUUUUUGGCACAUCAAUUUUAUCUUGAAUAUGUUAUUAAGAAAAGAGAGUUUUCUUUCAUGGUUUGAUGUUUGGAAUGAUAAUUGUGAUAUUGGUGAGUUUAGUGAUGUUUUUUGAUGCCA